CUCCCUCCAGGAAACAGCGCUUAAAUGCUUAGUGGGAGUGUGUCGGACCGCGCAUUCGCUCGGAUCUAAGGAGAGUAUAGCAUCACUGACGUAUCGAUAGUUUGACAGCUCAGAAGAACACGUUCCCUAAACUUGAGGCCAAAGACUGAGCGAUGUGCGGAAUUUUUGCUUACCUGAAUUACCGAGUGCCACGCACCAGAAAGGAGAUAUUUGAAACUCUGGUGAAGGGAUUGCAGCGACUGGAGUACAGGGGCUAUGAUUCAGCAGGCGUGGCUGUGGAUGGACCGAACAAGACUACAGACAUCAAUGGAAACUCUAUCUGUCUGAUCAAGAAGACGGGCAAAGUCAAAGCACUGGAUGAGGAGCUCUAUAAGAAAGAUUCCCUAAACUUGGAUCAGGAGUUGAACACACACUUUGGUCUGGCUCACACUCGCUGGGCCACUCAUGGAGAGCCCAGUCCAGUGAACAGUCACCCUCAUCGCUCCGACAAGGACAAUGAAUUUGUCGUCAUCCACAAUGGCAUCAUCACCAACUACAAAGAACUGAGGGAGUACCUGAUCAACAAGGGAUACGAGUUUGAGUCUGAGACUGACACCGAAGUGAUCCCCAAACUCAUCAAAUACAUUUAUGACAACAGAGAAAACGACGAAGUGACCUUCUCCACACUGGUCGAGAGGGUGAUUAAGCAGCUGGAAGGGGCUUUUGCCUUGGUGUUUAAAAGUCGCCAUUUCCCUGGGGAGGCCGUGUCCACUAGAAGAGGGAGUCCACUGCUGAUCGGUGUGCGCAGUGAACAUGAGCUCUCCACUGAGCAGAUCCCAGUGCAGUACAACUCUGCACACAUCAAUGGAGUUCAGGAGAAAAACCACCACAACAGUUCCAGUUCCAUGAAAUCCACAGGAGAAGGCAGAGCAGUGGAGUACUACUUUGCCUCUGAUGCCAGUGCCAUCAUUGAGCACACCAAUAAAGUGCUGUACCUGGAAGAUGACGACAUUGCUGUGGUGACCAAAGGAGAGCUGUCCAUCCAUAGAAUGAACCGUCAGGCUGGAGAAGACCCUGUCCGAGCCAUUCAGACCUUGCAGAUGGAGCUACAGCACAUCAUGAAAGGGAACUUUGAUGCCUUUAUGCAAAAGGAGAUCUUUGAGCAGCCCGAGUCUGUGGUCAACACCAUGAGAGGAAGAAUCUGUUUUGACUCCAACACUGUGAUACUGGGCGGUUUGAAAGAUCAUUUGAAGGAGAUCAAACGAUGCAGGCGACUCAUUAUGAUUGGCUGUGGCACCAGUUUUCAUGCUGCAGUGGCUACGAGGCAGAUCCUGGAAGAGUUGACAGAGCUGCCUGUCAUGGUGGAGCUGGCUAGUGACUUCUUAGAUCGAAUCACACCUGUUUUCAGAGAUGAUGUUUGCUUUUUCAUCAGCCAGUCAGGAGAGACAGCUGACACUCUGAUGGCGCUGCGUUACUGUAAGGACAGAGGAGCUCUGACUGUGGGCGUCACUAACACAGUGGGCAGCUCCAUCUGCAGAGAAACAGUCUGUGGAGUGCAUAUCAACGCAGGCCCCGAGAUCGGAGUUGCCAGCACCAAGGCGUACACCAGUCAGUUUGUGGCUCUCAUCAUGUUUGGCCUGAUGAUGAGCGAGGACAGACUUUCCCACCAGAAAAGACGACUCGAGAUCAUGGCUGAGCUCAAAAAACUGCCAGACCUUAUAAAGGAGGUGUUGUCUUUGAAUGACAAGAUCAAGACCAUUGCCAAUGAACUGUAUCAGCAGAGGUCCCUUUUGGUCAUGGGACGAGGUUUCAAUUAUGCCACAUGCUUGGAGGGAGCACUGAAAAUCAAGGAGAUCACAUACAUGCACUCAGAGGGGAUCCUGGCUGGAGAGCUGAAGCAUGGCCCUUUGGCUCUUGUGGACAAACACAUGCCUGUUAUCAUGAUCAUCAUGAAAGAUGGAUGCUACAUUAAGUGUCAGAAUGCUCUGCAGCAGGUCACUGCCAGAUCGGGCCGGCCAAUUAUAAUAUGCUCCAAGGAUGACCUUGAGCUGACUAAAAAUGCGUACCAGACGAUUGCACUGCCCCCAACAGUGGACUGUCUACAGGGCAUCCUCAGCAUCAUCCCACUGCAGCUCAUGUCCUUCCACUUGGCCGUCCUCCGGGGAUAUGAUGUUGACUGUCCCAGAAACUUGGCCAAGUCUGUGACGGUGGAGUAAGAAAAGUUUACAAAGUACCAAAGAGAAGAAAACAUAUUUUAAUAAUAUUUUUGUGCAAUGGAAUGUUUAAUUGUGUAUGUUAGUGUAUGUUCAUGUGUGUGAUGUUUGCGAUGUGUGCGAUGUGUGUGAGACAUGUGACUAAAGAAGGAGAUUUUUAGCACUACUCCUUUUUUUUUGAAUGUGAAGUAUAACCAGUACACUGCCAGUACCAGUGAUGCAACAUGGAACAAUCUGCAAUCAGAUAAGUUCAGGACCAAAGCAACUCACUAAGCCUUCCUCUCUCUAGUUGAGCCAAAAUCAAAUGAAACACCUUUACCUAGAAUAUAGAGGUGUUUGCUACUGUGCAAUAUAAGACCUAAAAGUGCAUUAUGAAUGUACAUGAUGAUUGAAGUUGACUGUUUUUGUUUUCUGUGGCUUUUUCAAAAUCUUUGAUCUGGGAUAUAUUUUAUUUUAAUAUGAAACUGUACAAUUUGAAUAUGAACUAUACGAUUAUUAUGCUUUCUACUGCAACAAAGCCGCUGUCUCUUGAAGACCCACCAUAACAAUGAUGUCUUAUAUUACACUAUUACUUGACCUUUUUAUUGUGAUUUUGAAUGUAUGGUCUGGUGGACAGAGCUGUACAAGUGAAACUAAUUGUUUACUGUUAUAGAAGGAGGCCUUUUCAAAUGCAAUUAUUAUUUAAAUGGAAAACAGUGACAUGCCUUUUAUGUGUGUAACAACUUUAUGGGUUAUUAUGGAGUAGCCUUAUAGGCUAUUUGUUUAAAGUGGGAUUAAAAGUGGGUUUGUACAUGAAUACAUUGUAUGUUUUGUAUGAAAACAUUUGGUUUGGGAAAAUAACUAUGUAAAGUUAUUGGCCUGGCUAUUGAAUAUAGCACAAUAAAUAAACUGGAAUAAAUACUUCAAAUCCUAAA